GCUGCCAGAAACUGGGAGUCCAGCUUCGUCCACACAUGAAGACCCACAAAACCCUUGAGUGUGCUGACAUUAUGACGGGUGGAUCACAGAGGUGCAUAGUGGUUUCCACCCUGGCAGAGGCCUUUUUCUAUGCUGACCAUGGAUACGAGGACAUCCUCUAUGCCUACUCUAUUCCCUUUGAUAAGGUAGAGCGUUGUGCAGCCCUGUCAGAGAGACUGGAUCUCUUCCAGAUUUUAUUGGACCAUCCUGAUGCUUUGGAGCAGCUCCGAAAAAGACCCCUGAAAGAUGGCCGGCAGUGGCACGUCUGGCUCAAACUCGACUGUGGCAAUGGGAGAGCUGGCGUCCUGCACUCGGAGCCAGGAGCGCUCAAACUGGCUGAAGCCAUCGCUAAGACGGAGGGCGUGGAACUGACAGGAGUGUACGCCCACUGUGGGAAUACCUAUUACUGCACAGGAGUUGAGCAAAUACAAGCUGUUGCCCAGGAAACCACCAAACUGACUCUGCAGUUCAUGGAAAAGUAAGCUGAAAGCUUAAAAAAAUACACUGACUCAUUAAAGCUGCUCUAAUCAAUAAUUUUAUCUCACUGGCUAUUUAAGAACGCACACGACAUAACAGCUGUUGCUCAUACUCUUGAAAAUUAGUUUUUAUGAGCAAUUUUAACAUCUUUGUUUUGGUUUCAC